GUUCUCAAAGAGAAACGGUGGGUAUAUAUGGUUACAGGACGAUGGUUUUAGCUGAUUAGAGUAUGCUUAGUGGAUCGUAUAGUCAACUUCGAAUGCUUUCGUCGCAAUUGCAUUCUCCUACUCAUUUCCAAAACUCCAUCGUCCACUUGAUCUGAUCAAUUACAACUUGCGAGCCUCAUACAGAUGCCCUAAAUCUACGUGCAAUCAAUGCAUUUCCUUCUCAAAUCUUGGUCUCCUCCUUUCAUUUGGCUGUUUCUUAUCAUCCUCUUAUUUAAACACACAUUUUUAUAGCUACUUGUAACUUCCCCCAUUCUUCGUUUGAUAGAGGUUAAUCAGAGGCAUUAAACAGGAAGCUGUUGUACUUGAGAUUUGAUUGAUGGACACAGUUGGAAAAGAUGAUGUAGAAGACUACAGUCGAAAUGGAAAAUUUUCAAACAGGAGCAAAAGUGUUUCAAUAUCGAUCCCAGUGAGCUCCAAUGAAGUAAAUUCUGGUGAAAUAAGUCAUGUUUCCUCUACAAGCCCCUUGUAUACUAGAAAUCAUAGCAACCAAUCGGGAGAUUCUAAUAAUGAAAAUGAUGGUGUUCUACUUGUACAUGGGUGGGCACAAGAAACGUUAUCUUUACUAAAAAAAUUUGCAUUUGGUGUCAUGAAUCCACAUGACAAAUAUGUUGAGCAGCUGAACAAAUUCUUUCUCAUUUCUUGCUUAUUCGCCAUUUUCAUAGACCCCUUAUUCUUUUACUUGUUGUCAGUGAAGAAGGACUACAAGUGUGUAGUAAUUAAUUGGCCAAUGGCAAUAAUCCUUGUGGUUUCCAGAAGCAUAACAGACUUUAUAUACUUGAUGCGCAUUCUUAUGGAGUUCAAGUUAGCAUUCAUUUCACCUGAAUCAAGAGUUGUAGGAGCUGGAGACUUGGUUAAACAUCAUACAAAAAUCGCAUUACAUUAUCUUUCUGGAUUUUUCUUCCUUGACUUACUUAUUGUACUCCCAAUUCCUCAGAUGAUUGUAUUAUUUGUGCAACCAAAUGGGGUUUCAUCACCAGGAGCUAGUUAUGCAAAGUUUCUUCUCCAAACAGUUAUUCUUAUUCAAUACAUUCCAAGAUUAUACCGAUUUCUGCCUCUUCUUGGUGGACAUUCUUCAAGUAGAUUCAUAUUUGAGUCAACAUGGGCAAAUUUUGUCAUCAAUCUUUUGACUUUUGUCUUGGCUGGUCAUGUCAUUGGUUCAUGCUGGUAUAUGUUAGGGUUACUGAGGGUGAACAGAUGCCUUCGAGACAGCUGUCAUGAUUCUAGAAUCAUGGAUUGUAAGAGGUUUAUAGAUUGUGGGCGUGGGAAUGAUUAUGUUUAUAGGGGUUUUGAAGGUAAUCUUGAAAUAUGGAAUGAGUGGAAAGAAGAUGGAAAUUCGAGUGCUUGUUUUAGUGAAGAUGGUUUCAACUAUGGGAUUUACAUGACAGCUGUCAAUCUCACUACUGAAAGUAGUUUCAUCACAAGAUAUGUCUACUCCUCUUUUUGGGGGCUUCAGCAAAUCAGCACGUUAGGUGGGAAUCAAACUCCAAGUUACUUUGUUGGGGAAGUCCUUUUUACGAUGGGCAUCAUUGGACUUGGCCUUCUACUUUUUGCCCUUCUUAUUGGAAACAUGCAAAACUUUCUUCAAGGUCUUGGACGAAGACGACUUGAAAAGUCACUUAGAAGACGUGAUGUUGAGGAGUGGAUGAGUCACCGACGUCUCCCAGAAAUGAUACGAAGAAAAGUUCGAGAGUCGGAGCGUUACCAUUGGGCAGCUACCCGAGGGGUUGAUGAAGAAACACUGAUGGAGAAUCUGCCUGAAGACUUGCAAAGAGAUAUACGUCGCCACCUUUUUAAGUUUGUCAAGAAAGUGAAAAUUUUCGCACUUCUGGAUGAACCAAUCUUAGAUGCAAUAUGUGAAAGGCUAAGGCAAAAGACUUACAUCAAAGGAGGCACAAUUUUAUAUGAAGGAGGGUUUGUAACAAAGAUGACUUUUAUUGUAAGAGGAAAAAUGGAAAGCAUUGAAAAAAAUGGGAAUAAUAAAGUUUCAUUGUUGGAAGGUGAUGUAUGUGGUGAAGAACUUCUCAAAUGGUGCCUUGAAGAUAAAAGAAACCAAAGAAAACAAGGAAACAGAUUGCUUAGCAAAAGGACAGUGAAAUGCUUAAAAAAUGUGGAGGCAUUUGUUCUUCGGGCUGAAGAUCUUGAAGAAGUAAUCACACUUUUUGAUGGAUUUUUGAAGAAUGUUCGUGUUCAGUUUGCUAUUGGGAACAAAUCUCCAUACUGGCAAGGUGUGGCGGCAUCAACCAUUCAGGUGGCAUGGAGAUAUAGAAAGAAGCGGCUAAGCCGUGCACGUGAUCACGCCACUGAUUUGUUGUAACUUUAUCGGUAGUUUUCAUGUCUUAUGAAGUUGUAUGUUUCUUUGAAUGACAAAUAUACCUUAGGGCAUUUGUUCCAUUUUCAUUGUUAAAAAGUAGUUGAAGUA